GUGAUAUUUGACAUGGAAGGCAGGUCAAAGCAACCCAUUGGAACGUGCCGUCAGAUCAUCAGAUGGCAGCGAUGAUCAUUAACCAGCCGGCCUUUCUUCAGCGAUAGUUACGUCGGACAUCAAGAGCGAAAACAAAGCGAUAUCUAGGGUCUAGCAACUUGCAUCGAUACAGUGUGGGCGCAAGGAUGAAUGAAUGUUUAGACCGUCGUCGGUGUGGGCGCUGACAAAAAGGUCUUGUUCUAAAACUGGUGAAAGUAGUCGUUAUUGCAUCCGACGCGACGACGCGCAGGCGCCGUAUGCUAGGUGCUCCAUAGUAUCAUUUCCAGCUUCCUAUCAUGCCGACUCUCGCACAUAAAAUUGGUUCUCUGAUCUUUUGCCCUCAUUGUGGUACUCUCCUCAGUCCUCCAAAAGACGACGAGAAAACGGUCAUCUGCGAACAAUGCAGCUAUGAGGAGCCGGCAUCAUCUUAUGAGAAUAUUGAGAUCACCACUCGGUCUCACCCUGAAGCAUUUCCUUCAGCGCUGAGACAAAAGCGCAAAACCCAAACGAAGGUUCAUCAGGGUAAAGUUUUACCAAAGGUGUCAGAAAAAUGCCCGGCUUGCGGACAUCUGGAAGCUUAUUACGAAGAGAAACAGAUGCGCAGUGCUGAUGAAGGUUCAACAAUUUUAUACACAUGUGUCUCUUGCAAACACGGUUGGCGUGUCAACAAUUAGUGUAAAAUGUUUUGGAUAGGGAUAUCCAACGUUUGAUUGGAACUGUCAGGACACGAAGAAGCCUACACGUUCACUCCAACACUACAGAACAGGGCGACAACUCCGAAACCACCGAGGACACUUGCUAAUGAUGCCACCGCGGUCUCGCGUAGCGGAAACGUGUCUUUUGGAAGGCUGUGGACAUGGGUAUAGGAACACGUAUUACAGAAGCUUAAAGCGGCGACU